CCGACGCACUACGUCCCCGAGAGAGGCUCCAUAUCCUCCCUCCAUCCCUCCAUCCAGACCGGAGCCUUGCCUCACAUCCACACACACACACUCACACACUCCUGCUCCAUGUCCGGAAUGUAACCCGGGUUAUUCUUCAUUUUAGCCCGGCUCCUGUGUCCUCCUUUCUUCAGCCCCCAUGGAGGACUGAGGGAGGUCGGGAUCCAGCGCCCUGCAGGCUGCCGGGGAGAGAGGGAGCUCCACACCGACGGAAGCACACCCAGGUCGGGGACGGCAGCGUCGGAAAUGGUCGGUGUUUCUGGUUCUGGAGGCUCGUUUUACCGUCAUGUGAACGAAGCCGAGGCGCGUCAACCUGCCGGGGAUGACGGUGAAACCAUGCGGCUGGACAGCGCUCCGUAGCCUCCCCUGUCCCUCGCCUCCCACCUGAUCACCUCAUCUCCUCCUCCAUCGCUCCUCUCCGCCUCCUCUCUCCCUCCGUCUCUCUCCUCCUGUUCGCCAUGACGACCUCCCUGGAGACGCUGCUGGCCCAGUCCGACCAGGAGCUGAGCCCCGAGCGGCUGGACGGCUGCGAGGACUCGGCCGGCCGCUACAAGGUGGUUCCCUCCGUGGUGUGCUCCAUGUGCUGCCUGUUCGGCAUCAUUUACUGCUUCUUUGGCUACCGCUGCUUCAAAGCGGUGAUGUUCCUGACGGGCCUGAUGUUCGGCUCCGUCGUCAUCUUCAUGCUCUGCUACAAGGAGCGCGUGCUGGACACCCAGCUGAGCGUGGAGGCCUCGGUGGGCAUCGGCCUGGGCAUCGGCACGCUCUGCGGCCUGGUCACCAUGCUGGUUCGCAGCGUGGGCCUCUUUAUGGUGGGCCUGCUGCUGGGCCUGCUGGUGGCCGUGGCCACCCUGGUGGGCAUGGAGGAGCUUUCCGACAGCCCGCCGCGCUCCGUCUGGGUGCCCCUGGGCGUGCUGCUUGGCCUGGGCAUGCUGUUCGCCGUGCUCACCCUGCAGUGGCAGCGGCUCUUCACCACGCUGUCCACGGCGGUGUUCGGCGCGGCCGUCAUCACCGUGGCGUUGGACUACUUCGUGGAGCUCUUCGCCCUCGUGUUGUACAUGUACGAGCGGAUGAAAGCGGCGCCCGGCAAGCCUGUGUGUUGGCUGACGUGGGUGGUGCUGGGGGUGUGGCCUGCCCUCACCCUGCUGGGUGUCAUGGUGCAGUGGAAAGUGACCGCGGAGGGAUACUCCCACACCAAGGUGAUCAUCAGCCGGCAGCAGAGGAGGAUGCAGGUGAUGCGGAUCCGUCAGCGAGACGACCGCUUCCGCAACAAGAAGAAGAAGAAGCAGCAGCAUGGCUCCUCCUCCCACCAUCACCACCAGGCCAAGCAGCUCCACGCAGAGCCCGCCUACCGCCGCAAGCCCAACCCCAUCCGCCGCUACGACACCGACGUCCUGUCACCGAGCUACAUCCAGAGCUUCAGAGACCGGCAGGUGCAGGCGCAGCCCUUCCCGGGGCGGCUGGUUGGAGGACCCCACGCCGUGGUGGAUGUUGGAUAUGACUGCGGCUCCACGGCGCCCCUCGCUGGGGCAGCAGGACCUUCGCUACGGGUCUGACCACCUCUCCUGAGCACACCACAAACCAGGGAGAGAAACAUGACUCUACAAUCACCACCCGGGCGGGGUGUCGGCCACGCCUGUACGAGAACAAACCACCACUGGGUUUAAAUGCAAAGAUUCUAGGUUUAAAUACAAUCUGGGUUUAGCCUCCACCCCUAAGAGGAUUAGAAUGAAUAUGUUGAGGGCUGGAUUUACCCACAAUGCAACACGUUUAACCCUUUACUAAUUCAGUUUUAGAUCAUGAGGCUCUGCUCUCCUGGUGGAUGCCUGCUGGAGAGUCAGUGCGGUGCAGAGGUCUGUUCGACCUCUUUUCACUGUCUCUCCGUAGAUUCAGAUGCACACAUGCAUGCAUGCACUUACACACACACACACACACACACACACACACACACACACACACACACGUGGAAACCCGAAGCAGCACCGACCUGUCAGUCACCAUCUCAAGCCAAAACCACAUCAGGGAUCGGAGCUUCAGACUCGCCUCAGGUUCAAACACAGGCAUCGUACACAAAAUCAAAAUACGACUUUGCCCUGGUUCAGCUGUUUCUACUGCUGACGCUGAAGAAACUAGAUCCUCAGCCUCUUAACGACCCGACGGCGUUCGUCUAAAGGGAAGGAGGGGCCCUUCGAUGCAAACUGGGAUCCUUCAUUCGCUCUCUGUGCCAUCCGGACUACAACAAUCCUCUUUACUGUUGUUUUUAAAGGGGGGAACCCUGGUCAUCCUUGGUGCUGGACGAUGCAGCACUUCUCUCUGAAGGCUGGGGAGUCUGUUUUAACGGGUGCCUUGCCCCUCCGUGGACUGUACCAACAGCAUCAGGAGGGGGGUUACUGGCAGAUCUCCCAUCGAUGGCUUGUUUUUACAUUAAGUGUGAUCACUGGAAGAUUUUUUUAAAGGAGGGAGGGGGGUGGGGGGCUACAACAAGCAGGGUAUAAAACAUGGCGUGUGGUUGGCUCGUUGUCUUCACAGAUGCCUGGAUAUGUGAGGAGGAUUUGCUGGCGAGUCAUAUUUACACUGGCACCUCAUGAGAGUCGCCCGACACACAUGGAGGAGGAUUUUAGAUUUUCAUGUGCAGAAAAAAAACAUAUGUCUGAGAUUAUUUAACAUUUCCACUGCAGUGCAGACUGUCGGCUGUAUUCAUGUUGUUGCACUCGCUCCAUCAUCUGUCAUCAGCUCCGGUGAGGAGGCAGGACGGCACCUUCUUCCUGUUUUGAGCCAUAAAAUAAUCCAGAAACAAACUUAGGAGGAAAUUUGUGGAUUAAAAUUUAAAGUUUAACUGAAAUUAAAAUCAGUAUAUAUACAGUAUCUCUCCGUGGAGCAUAAUGGUUUUUACCAAGAAGAAGAAAAACACAAAAACUUGAGGCUUUAAGGCCUUUGGUUUUCACAGUUGUACGGUACUUUGUCUUUUGCUGCCUUAUUAUUUUUAACUACAGGCACGCAAUGAAUCUUGGGAUAGGUUGCCCUGGAAACGAAGGCCACAUUUGUAGGAGCCUUCGGGACAGUCUAGUCGCAUCACUGUGACGUAAUCUGUCUUCAGAUGCAGCGUCCGAACCGGGACACGGCCACGUUUUUAUCUCCAUGUGCUCUGACAGACCAGCACCUUCUUCUUCUUCUUCUGUGCUGUAAAGCAAUAAAGCAAAUUUCCCGCCACAAUGUGACCAUUUAAAAAAAUAAAUAAUUAUAAUUAACGCGCCUCCUUGAACGCACCUUCAAUAACAGGUGUCAGUGUAAAUAAGUCUCAGAGGGUCAGAGUGAGGACAGCGGACUCGUGGCCUCCUCCCAUCAUGUGCAUUGAUUUUCUUUAUUCGGGGACACUGAGGAUGUGAAUGCUUUGUAAACAUCUUUACCUUUUGUUUUUUUUAAUUAAAGGAAAAGCAGACAAAUGUGCGGCGGGGGGAGGGGAGGGGGGGGUUUACAUUUUUAUUCUUCCGCGGUGAACUGAAAUGCAUGAUCGCACCCCUCCAUCCCUCUCUGCUCCGCCCCGCGUGGCUUCGUUUUGCCUCCCACCUUCUCACGUGCAUCGAUGUGAAACUUGUACAUAAAACACAGCACUUACUAACUUCUUCUUCUUUCUUUUUGUUAUUUCUACAUUUUCUCUUUUAAUUUAAACCUUUUUCUUUUUCUUUUGUGCGACAUGUUCUUUUCCUGUGGGAUGUAUUUAUUUGCUGAUUUAUUUAUUUGUGUAAAGGAGAGUGCAAUGUCUUCACUGUGGGCCAGUAACUCCAUGCUUUAUUUAAACUGAUUAUGACUAUGAUUAUUAAAGCAUGUGUUCCUAUGGGCCUGUAAACCA